AUUACUUAUUAACACUAGGGUUUGAGGUGGAGGCAACACUAUUUUCUCUCCCUCAUUUUUCUUCCUUGUGUAGCCGCCGCCCCACUCUUUCUCUCUUUCUCUCAUCAGUUCAACCUUCGCUCAGAUCUAUGAAAAAACCACGCUCACAUUUACUCUCUUCUUCCAGAAAAAGAUCAAUCUUUCUUCAUCUCUCACCUUUACUCAUCAACCACGUUCACCUUUACUCUCUUCAUCCAGAAAAAGAUCAAACCCUAACACCCAAAUUCCAGAAACAGAUAGUUAUAUUUGUGAACUGAAAGAAGGUUGCAAGCAGAUGUUUUGAGAGUUUAUAUGGUUUUCUAUCUGAUUAUCGAAGUGUUCUUCUUCAGGUUGCAAAUCGUUGCUUCUAUCUUCUUGAUACUUGUUGUUUUUCAUAUUGAUGUUCUUGCCUCCUUGUGGGUGUUACGGGGUGACAGAGUUAGACAACUUAAGUUUCAUUCACUAAUCCCAAAUCCAUCCACAGAAGAGUUAAAACUUUUUGAAGAGAAAAAGAAGUUAAAGAAGAGUUGGUUGUUGCAGGAAGCUAAAGUGAAACUUCCCUUGAAAAGUCAGGUUUUAAGAGAAGUUUUUGCAAUAAAGCAUUGGAGGUUUGUUGUAGAGUGAAAAAGGACCUUGCUCUGAUUGGAUUAUUAUAUCAUAAUAAAGUUGUUUUGAGAGAAGAUAUUUUCAAGUCUAUUAAAUAACAAAAUAGAAUUUGAAGAAGAAAAAAAAGAAAGUUGAAAAGAUUAUAAUCAAGAGAGAUUAUAUUCAAGAAAUGGAAUAUAAAUUGUCACAGUUAGAUGAAGCAUUAAGAGAACCCAAACAUCAAAUAUGGAUAGAAUAAAUAUUGUGUUAU